AUGAGAAGAUCUAGACGUAACCUGUUGACCGAGAUUGAAGCUAGUAAUCAAAAUCCUAUUAUUGAGGCUUUUUUGAGGCAUGAGAUUGUAAGUUAUGAUAGAAAAAAGCAACGCCCACUUGAAAAUCGGGCACAAAAUUGUCGAGAAAUUGCCACAUGUUUCAUGUGA